GGGGGGGCAGCGGCGGGGCUGACACCGCUUGGAGGUAGCGGGAGGCCCGGCGGGGCGGGGACGGCGUGGAUGCUCCCUGAGGAGGCUCCGUGAGGGGCUGCGGGUUCCUCACACCCCGGCACCGCCGAGAGGAAGGCUGGGGGAAGCUGUGAUGCACAUCUGUUUGACAAAGAAGGCAUCAGCUUUUCCUAGAGGGAAAAUAAUGAAAGGCAAAGCACAUUCAGAUUAUUUUCAAGUCCAGGAUUCUGUCAAGAAAAAGAAGAGGAAACACAGUGAUUCCAACAACAAACAUAAAAAUGCUGAAAUUGUGGAAGAUCCAGAGCUUGGCCACGCAUCCCAAGAGCUCUUUGAAGAUGCAGCACCAGAGGACAGGAAAAAGAAAAAACUGAAGAAAAAGGAUGAGAAGCAGCAGGCUUUGAUAAAGAAUUACUUUGGGACUGUGGAACAUGAAAUCAGCAAUGGGACUGGAACAGCUGAUUCUCUGAGGAAGAAGAGGAAGAGGAUGGGUCAGGACAGCGUUGAUGAGCUCAGCGAUGUCACCUCUGUUCCUGAGAAUCAGGACUGCCAGGAGGGUGCUGCUGAUUAUGCUUGUUCUAAAAAACCCAAGAAGAAAAAGAAAGAAAAGCAGCCUGAAGCAGAUGAGGUGUGUGAGCUGUCUCCCUCUGAGGAGCACAGCAAGGGCCACAAAGAGAAACCCAAAAAGAAGAAGAAGAGGAGAGAGGGCAGUGCCCAGGACGUGCAGGAGGACACGGAUGGAGCAGCUGAGCAGCCGCCCUUAGAGCAGGACAGGGAGUGGCCUUCAGAUGAGGAUGGAGGCUGUGAUGCUGCUUCUGCCAUCAGUGAGGUCUCUAUGGAGCUCCCUGCUGAUUUUUCUACACCCAGUAAAGCAGCUGAUAGAGCUAAAAAGACUCCAGUACGUGCUAAAAAGGCAUAUAAAAGCAGUGCUUUUGUCGAGGAAGGAAGCUCUUCAGACUCUGAUGUGAUGACACCAAAAGCCUCAGCAUCAUAUAUAAAGAAGAAGCAGAAGCAGCAAGACAAUUCUUUUGCUGAAUUGGCAGCCUCUGAUGAGGUCAGUGUGGAUGGUGAAGAAGGCCUGGACCCUGCCAGAACUUCAUUCAUGGAUUCGGAUACUGCAAGACAAGAACUGGAAGAGUUUAUUCCUCAUGUGAAGAAUAUAUCAGACAGUUCAAUCAAGCAAAUGUCUGGAAGAGACCUAGCAAGGUUUAAGGAAUUUAAAAAACAGGGUAUUGCUGUCAAGUUUGGCAGAUUUACCCAGAAGGAAAAUAAACAAAUCCGGAAAAAUGUUGAAGAGUUCUUAUCACUUAGUGGAGUGGACAGUGCUGAAAAACUUUUGUUUACCUCGAGAUAUCCAGAAGAUAAAGACACCAUCCAUCACCUGAAAAUAAAACAUAAUUUUUGUGAAAAAAUCUCUGAGGGCAUUCCCCGGCCCUGGAGACUGGUAUAUUAUCGAGCAAGGAAGAUGUUUGACCCUAAUAAUUACAAAGGAAGGUAUACUAUGGAAGAAAAAGAACAAUUAAAGAAGUAUCAAGCUCUGCAUGGCAAUGAUUGGAAGAAGAUUUCUGAGUUGAUGUCCCGUUCUAACCUCUCAGUUGCUAUGAAAUUCUCUGAAAUCAAGUCAACUAUCAACUAUGGUGCUUGGACAAAGGAGGAGACCCAGAGGUUAAUGAGUGCAGUGAAGGAAGUGCUGAGGAGAAAACUGAACACAGAAAAUCCAAGUUCUCCUUCCUCACUGGAACAGUCAGACACGGAUCUCUGGAUCGACCGUGAGAAACUGUACCAGUCACUGCCGUGGACUGAGAUUGAAACCAGAGUGGAAAGUCGAUUUUGGAGACAAUGCAAACAGAAAUGGAAUUCAAUUUUAACGAGCAAGUUGAACAGACAGCAGCAGUUGCACAAAGGGACCAAUGGAUUAAAGGCCAAGAUCAAUCUUAUUAAAAGGUUGUAUGAAACAAGAGCAGAGGAUGCCAGUGAAAUAAACUGGGAUGAACUCAGUAGUGCUAUUGGAGAUGUUCCUAGAUCCUAUGCUCAAGCAAAGUUUUAUAGGCUAAAAGUGUCCUUUGUCCCUUUAUGGAAGAGAAAGACAUUUUCUGAAAUUAUUGACUAUCUGUAUGAAAAGAAGCUCCCAGAACUUGAAGAAAAACUAAGAAAAGAAGAGGGUAAAUGCCAUAGUUUUGACAAUUCAGUACCCAGUCAGCAGCAGCAGAUUUUCCGACUCAGUGACAUUUUUGACUCCAGUGAAGAGAGUGAUUAAUUGAUUGUCCUAAAAGCAAUGCCUAAUUUGCAUAUUUAACUGCAAAUGGGUCUGGUUGAAAGUGGGUGCAGCUCACCACCUGCAAGUACCCGAGCUGAUAAUGGGAAAAGUCAGGACAGGCACCUCUGCGUGUCUUGUUUCAUCUUGAAGAUGGAGUUGAAACAGAGCUUUUGUGCCACUUUUUAUUUAAUUUAACUCUGAUUUUAGAAAUUUUCAUGUAAGCAUCCAAGUUGCUUUUUAAAAGUCUCAAAAUACUUUUUCUGUGGAGUUGAAAGCUGCUGUUUUCCCUUUAUGAAUGAACUUGGUUUUAAGAACUUUAUUCUUUUUAAAUUCAUGAGAUUGGAAAAAGGUUUUCAGUUUGCUUUUAAAUCUCUUUAAUAAUCAAGUCUUAAGACAUCUGUGUUGAUGAAAAUGGCAUAACUUUUGAGUUGCCUUUUUUUUAAACAGGUGUCUUAAUCUUAAAAGCAACUGAUUUUCUUUUUGAUGCAGACUUACAUUUUUCCCACCCCUUCUAGAGAAAAAGGACUUUUGUACAUUACUAUUCAUCAUUUCAUGCUGAGCAAAGCAAAAAAUUUAAAAUGUUGUAAUUAAUAUUUGGAAUUACAGGGACAAAACAGUGUGUAUAUAUAUAUUUAUGUAUGCAUACAUAUUUUUAUUUUGCCAAGGAGAAUUUCUACCAUUUAAUAAGAAAAUUAAGCAAUAAGAUGGAAGUUGUACUCAUGUUUUGUAAGAUAUUUUUAACUCUGUGCAUAAAGUGAUUAUUUGUAAAUGGACUGAAUUAAUGUAAAAAAAACCCAAAAGUAUCUUAGUGUGUUUUAAGAGAGAUGGGGACUUCAGCUGGCUUUUCUUUCUAAUGCUGUUUAUUCCACAGCUUAGGUUACAGCAGGGGCUCGUGGGUCAGCCUACAGCUGCUGGCUACAGGCAAGCCCUGUGUCCUGAAGCCCCUUUGGUUCAGGUUACAAUGCAUUAAUCUCUUUCUGUGCAUAUUAUUACAUAACAACCAAUCAGCUUCAUACACAAUACCUUUACAUUUACAUAUAUCCUAUCAAAACUGCUGGAAUUACCAUCCUAUGUUAGUGACUAACCAACCAUCUGAGUUAGCAAUUCCAUGUUAAACUUUAAAACUUGUUAUGCAGUGGAAAAUUCUUUUUGCUUUAGUAAAAAACAUCUUUGUCUGCCUAUGCUUUUUUACUUGUUUGCAAACAUGCUUUGAAGACCACUUAACUUACUGGACUUUUAGCCAUAAACCUCCUCCUAACUGACUAAACCUUCCAACCUUUGUUCUCUCAGCUGUUUCAGCAACAACUAUCCCUAAAAAUAUCUUUUUAUAUAUUAAAGCUUGCUUUCAUUUCUCAACAACCUUCUGCUAAGCAUUCACAUUGUUAUAAAUGAAAUUAGGAUUAGCUGUCAACUGCGUUAACAGCAGUUUAAUUAAAAAUGAACACAAUUUAGUGAAUUGAAUAAUAAUUUGGUAUAAGAAAAUACAAUUUAGUAAAAGAAUACAAUUUAGCAAAAAACCACAAUUUAUAUAUGUAAUUUGCCAGUAAUUAAGCAUGAUUAAUGCAUAAGCAAAACUGACUGGGGUAUGGAGAGGGCUUCUCACCCCACCUCACGUACGAAACAAAGCAAUUCAAACUAAACUUAUAUGCUUAUACAUGUUCAUUAAUGUUUCCCAUAAGUCUCCUCCUAUUUCUGGUUCUUUAAUUUUACCUCACUGUUCUUCAUGGCACAUGCCUCACUUGUUGCUAGGGGGGGCUUCAGUCUUCUUUUGGUGGUCUUUGGAUGAAGGCUUACACUCAUCCUCACUGUCCUCUGGAUAACCUCACAGGUUGCACAUGUGUAAUAAGCAUUGUGUUAUGUAAGUAAACAUUAUGUUCCACUAAUUAGUCUUGCAUUUUAUAAUUUUCAGGCCCUCUGCAUAAAGUUGUUCCAACUUUAUCCAUCUCAAGGUUGAUUUUUGUCUUGGGACAUCAUUUAUAUCAAAAUUACAUCCUGUUCCUUAGUUUUAACAUGUAACAUCUGUAAAGGGGUGCAUCGUCCUCAUAACACUGAUUCCCUUGAUUGCUUCUAAUAACUUUCCAAAUAGUUACAAUUUAUUUAGCAAGAAUAAUUUCCAUUUAUUACAACAUCCAUAAAACUUUACUGUUCAAUUCUCAUCCUUCCCAAGACUUUGUAAAGUCUUUGUAUGGCUUGUUUAUAUUUCCCAUAUGCUGCACUGGACAGUAAUGCAAGAAGACUUGGUCCCUGCUUUUUGAGAGUCAUUUUGAUAAGUGACAACUUCCCUCUUCAAUUCUAAUAAUCAUCAUGGAAAAUCCAGAGUUUUCAAUGGUUUGAAAUAAAGGUCCUGUUGGAGGGGCUGGAAGGUGACAUAUAGCAAGGGCUUUAAAAGUAGAACUUUCCAUAUUUAACUCUGUCUGGCAUUAGUCUCUCUGAAGGUAGGAAGCACUGGGAUUUUUGUGAGAGAGGCAGGACCUUCUCUGCAAUCAGGCACUCCUUUGAGGGUAAAGUUUUCCAGCCAUGAGAUGAAAUGGGAUGGGUGGAAGGAAACACACUACUUCCACUUAGGACUCUGUGUUGCUUCAUGGGUCUGAAGGUGUUAAAAUCUGAAAAACUUGAAUUUCUGAAUCUAAAAAGUUUGUGUUUUUCAAGAGGUUUUUUUUUUUCCUGGAAAAUGGAGAUGCUCUGAAUUCCUUUCAGGCAAGAGCACAAACGAUGCCUGGUUGUAGAGUUUGUACAGUAGAUCUUGUAGAAAUAAACUUCUACCUCCAUGAU